ACGUUUUUGCAUUCGUUUUGAAGACGAGAAGACAACGCGGACAAUAAAUACAACAUUUCAGAUAAGUAUGAUAUCGUGCGGCUUUAUAGGAUAUAAACAGGCUACACAUGCUUGAAGAAGAGUAAAGGGAGGAGAUGAGGAGGAGAUUGGAGCAGGGCGGUGCUUUAUGCUCCUGCGGGAUCAUUCCUGCACCCCUGUGAGGGAGUGAAAGUUCAGACCAAGAAGCAGAAGUGCAUUAAAUAAAGUCUAAACACAGUCAACUGAAACAUUCGCACGAAUCUCUGUCCUGAGGCGCGGGCACAUCUGUCUUCAGGACGGGCGCGCGCGCGUGCUUCUGGAUGCGGUUAGUUCUGUGGAAAUACUUUCUUACUCAAGAAUUUAUGGAUGAACCACAAACACAAAGUGGAAGGUAAAAAAGUGGAAGUUGUAUGUCUGAUUUAAAGAUGCGCUGGGUCUGUUCCUGUGCGCUGUUGCUGAUGGUGCUGGAUAACUGUGCUGUGGCCGUGCCUGCGUGGACAAAACACACGGUGGCCAGUAUUCAUUUGCAUAAACCAUGUGUGCAGGUACCAGCACCUGCGGACACGAGGUCUCAUCGAGGUCCGGCCCGAUCCAAGCGCUAUGCCAUCAACCCGCUGGGAUACAAGUGGGAGCAUUUUAACGUCACUUACAAGAUCACAAAGUUCCCCAACACACUGAAUAAAGAUGACACCCGCAAAGCUAUCAGCAUCGCCUUCACGAAAUGGAGUGAUGUUUCUCCUCUGGCUUUCACUGAAAUCACCAACCCCAACAAAAGUGCUGACAUCACUAUAGGGUUCUACACGUACAAUCACACCGAUUGUUGGCGGUCUCCAUUGCACCCGUGUUUUGACGGUCUGAACGGUGAGCUGGCCCACGCCUUCCUUCCUCCACGUGGAGAAAUCCACUUUGACAACCAUGAAUUCUGGAUUCUGGGAAAGUCCCGAUUCAGCUGGAAACAAGGUGUGUGGCUGAAUGACCUGGUUCAGGUAGCUGCUCAUGAAAUCGGUCACGCUUUAGGUCUCUGGCAUUCACAGGACCCUAAUGCAUUGAUGCACCCCAAUGCAACGUACACAGGUCAGCGUAACAUCGCUCAAGAUGAUAUCUGGGGCAUCCGGCGCCUUUAUGGAUGUUUGGACAAGAAGCGUGUGUGUGAUCCUUGGGCCCGCUUGGGUUUCUGUGAGAGGAGACGGAGCUUUAUGAAGAAAAACUGCCCACAGCGGUGCGACCUGUGCUUCGAGCCUCUGGAUGCAGUGUCUACCCCGACCCCUCCUCCUGAAAAUGUGAAGAUCAAAAUUGUGCCUCGUGGAAAAGUUGUGGGCUUCCGGUGUGGGACAAAAAAUACCAGAGUGCCUCCCAAAGUCAGUUGGUAUAAAGACGGAGAGCAGUUGCUGACAUCCAUUCCUGGCUACAUUGCAAUUAAAGAUCGGGACCUGCGGCUCUUGGCCAAUGAGUUCAAUGAAGGCACGUACACCUGCCGCAUCCAUCGGCGCGGUAACGUCGUCUCUGCCAACUCCUGGGCCAUCCGGCUGAAGCCAGAGCUGUCCUCCAACAACAGCUGAUGGAGUGACUGACGCUGGACGUACUGACCACUUGCUCUACCUCCAGGGCUCAAGACCACUCAGCAGCGCACACACCUCUGUUUGGAGGUCAGAGUCGCAAUGGACGAUCUGCAAAAGCAGUGGCUCCUGACCUUCGUAACUCUGAGGUCCUGUGUUGUCCAAGACGAUAUUUGUAAGGAACACCAACUGGAUUUCCUGCUGUGCGUCUGCUGCAGCGAUGACAAAGGUGCUCGCUUUUUUUUAUUAACGUAAAUGCCACUUCUGAGGUAUAAUAAAUAGUUUCAUAGAUGCUUAAAAUCUCUGAAGGUGCAAAUCCGAAUUUAAACAUUAUAAACAAAAUCCCAAAUAUUCUCAAAUUUGUUUGAAAAGGUACAAUUUCAUUCUCUACAGUGAAAAAAGAUCAGCGGUGCGCCGGUGCAUGUGAAGUGCCUGAUUUUUUUGCGCUUUUAAGGGCUGUUCACACCAAGGACUAUAACAUUAUGAAGGUUUUAAUAAUUAUAAUGUUAAUAAUAUGUCAAUAUCUUCAAUCUUCGUUCUUAUUCAGCAAAUUCUCAGCUAACAGGGAAUGUUCUCAGAACUUUGGGUAAUGUGGCUAAAGAUAUGAACAAACAUGAUUCUAGUAAUGUUAAUGUUCCCGUUCAGUGAUCUCGUCUUUGAUAAUGAUAUCAAAAAAACGUUAGCACAGAAACGUUCAUGCAUCAUUCAUGGACUGUUUUUUUUUUUCUUCCAAAAAAGUGUUAGUUGGAUAUUCACCCAACAUUUUUUAAAUGAUUGGACUUGUUUCAGAAUGUUACAAGAACAUUCAAAAGUAACGUUCCAUAAUGUUUGUUUUAUGAUCAAAUGAAACAUUUGCAUUAUAAUCAAAUGAAACAUUUGCAUUAUGAUCAAAUGAAUCGUUUGCAUUAUGAUCCAAUGAUAAACGAUGCAAGCAAUCAAGCAGAUGAGAUUUGCUAUACUAUAUAUCGCCCUACGUGAGAUAUAAUAAAAUAAUUUCGAACUUUGUACGCAGGAACAUUAUUAUUAGAAUAAUAUCAGAAAGUUUUUUCCCCCCAGCUGAUCUUUGACAGCCAAUCAGAAUCCACCUGAUCUCAAAGAGCUCGAGCAUUUAAAACGGCAGAUGACAAAACUGCAGAGCACUUAUAAUAAACAGAAUGAUGGCCAAUAUAGUUAUUAUUCUUGGUGUGAAUGGGCCUUUAGCCUUUUAUCUGUGAUUAUUUUAUUAUUGUUGUUAUAGUUUAUUUAAUUUAAACGAAAUGAAGUUGUGUUGCGGCCCUCGUGAUGAAUCGAAGCCCUUCAAGACAGACGUGGAUCUGUGACUGGCAGAUAUGAGAAUAGCAGCUUAUUAACCUUUUCUUCUAUGUCAUGGACUCAUUAUUGUCUUCCCCCCAAGACAUGAAAUAAAAGAUUUCAGAUGGGCAUGUCAUCUACGGUAGGAAAUAUGGCCUUGCUGCGUGAUUGCUACUGUACACACAGGGCAACUGAAGUGAUGCAGAUGCUAGAACUAGUUAUAGAAUUUGGAAAGCAGAAAUUAUUAUAAGCAUCUGUAACCGAUGUUGGCUGUAUCUGCUGUUAUUUCUAUUUAACUAUUCAUAAUGUUAGUUGUUUUUAAUCAUCUUUUGUAUCUUAUAUUAUUGGACAUUAAAGGUUCAUAGUGUG